AACAGUUUUUAUUGCACCCCUGGCAAACACCUGCUUUGCGCAUCUCAACAUUUUUGCACAUUCGCGUUUAACUCGAGCGUCUGUAUAUUAAAUACAAUAUUAUUCUAAUUAAUAAAUAUGUGCGACGUUGCAACGGUGCAGAAAAUAGCCAAUUGCCUGGGCGUUUCACCCGGUAAAAUACAGCUAAAUGAGGAACAGGUCGUAACACGCACUGGCGCCCAAAACAAAACGGUCGCGGGCUUUGCUACCAUACUAGAAAGCAUGGCGCGUGAAUCCAAAUCGGAGACGGCACAAAAUAGUAUUGUAACCCAAGAAGUGCAGGCACAGGUUUAUCAAUGGAUUGAAUUUGCGGUUCUUUAUGUAGCACCCGGUUCGAAGGAUAAAUAUGUAUCAAAGCAAUUGCUAGCGGACUUUAACAAGCUAUUUAUCAGCAAAUCGUAUUUAGUGGGACACUUCAUAACACUCGCCGAUCUCGCUGUGUAUUAUGCUAUCGGUGAUCUUAUUAAAUCCCUGUCGCCUGUGGAUAAAGAGAACUAUUUAAAUCUAUCUAGAUGGUUUGAUCAUUUGCAGCAACGACCCGAAAUACAUCAAGGCGAGACUAUGCUUAAUUUUACAACCAUUUACCUGCACAACUGGGCGACAGGCACACACAUUUAAAUGGCCAAAAAGAAACCGAUUCCGUAUUUAUUUCUAAUGAAUACCAGAAUUAUUCAUACAUGCACAUUUGACGUGUGUGAGUGUGCAUGCAUGUAUGUGUUCGAAUGCCAUUGAGUGAAG